GAGGCGGGGGGCUCCGUCUGGGAGGGGUGGCUGGGCCCAGGCCGAGCCUGCGUGAGGGUGACGGGGCAGGGCCUUGCUCCGCAUGAGCGCGGAUGCGCUUUGGCUUAACUUUAAAUACAGCCUCCUCGCCACCGAGCAGCCUUGCAGGUGUCGUGCUACUUGCAGGUUAGGUUUCAGUGAGUUAAAGCACGCGUUCCUCUAGAAGUCACGCCAAGUUUUCCUCACAAACACCAUUGGAAAAACACUUAACUUUCGUAUUAAGUUGGGGAAGGCUUACAUCACUUGCAUCUGACGUGUGUGCUGUACGAGUUAAUGCUGCCUCCCUUGGUGUUGCUUUGGAGUAUUAAUACUCGUUGUUAUGUUUUUACAGUGUAGUAAUGAUAGUGAAGAAGAUAUGUUUGGCGACUAUGACGGCUUUUGUGGAAAUGAUUCUUUGCUAGCUCAGGAUGAUGACAGAGAGCACAAAUACCUGCAGGAUAAAAAUACGGAUAUUAAAGCAGCUGGAGAAAUCGUACUUGGGAAGCUUCAGUCAGGAAUUCACCAGAAAAAACAAGAUAACUUUUCUACUUCAGAAAAUAUGGUUGUCCUUAAAGCUGGCAAAGAGGAUGCUUUCCAAGUGAAUGAAACUGACCUGGUGGAUAGCAAUCAAGAAUCUACUGAAUCUAUUUUAGAUGAAUUGCCAUCAUCACAACUUCUGUAUUUUGAGAAAAUGCGUGAACUUUCUUCUGGUUCUAGAGUAUCUCCAGUCUCAGAAAGGAGGAAUAAACUUGUGAAUUCUUCCUCGGACAAAACCAAGAGUUCAUCGUCUUUUAGUCCUGAUGCUGAAAACAGGAACAGACCUACUGACUUUUCCUCAGACUCUAAGUGUGAUUUAUUGAAAACUGAGAGUCUUAAAGAUCAUCUGAAAAGUGCUAUGACUGGAAAUGCCAAAGCCCAGACUCUCCAGGUCUCCAAGACCAAGCAGCUUAAAGAAGCUGUUUUAUCUGAAGAGAUUUCUGUUGCUAGGAAAACUAUUGAAUCUUCUUCUGUUGAUAUAGGCCCUUUUUAUGGGUUACCUAGCAAAGUUAAAGAUCUAUUCAGACAAUUUCGAGGGAUUGAAACACUUUAUGAAUGGCAGCAUGAUUGCUUAAUGUUAGAAUCUCUGCAGCAAAGAAAGAAUUUAAUAUACUCAUUGCCAACCAGUGGUGGAAAAACACUUGUAGCUGAAAUUAUAAUUCUCCAAGAAUUACUCUGCAGGCAGAAAGAUGUUCUGAUGAUCCUGCCAUAUGUUGCCAUUGUCCAAGAAAAGGUUAGGGGUUUAUCAAGUUUUGGGAUAGAAUUGGGUUUCCUGGUUGAAGAAUACGCAGGAAGUAAAGGAAGAUUUCCACCAAUCAAGAGGAGAAUAAAAAAGUCUCUUUAUAUUGCUACUAUAGAAAAAGGACAUGCUCUAGUGAAUUCCUUAAUUGAAACAGAAAGAAUUGAUGAGCUCGGUCUUGUUGUAGUAGAUGAGUUGCAUAUGCUUGGUGAGGGAAGUCGUGGAGCAACACUGGAAAUUACUCUUGCAAAAAUUCUUUACAGUAGCAAAAACACACAAAUCAUUGGAAUGAGCGCGACUUUAAAUAAUGUUGGAGACCUGCAGAAGUUCCUGCAAGCGGAGUACUAUACUAAUAAUUUUAGACCGGUAGAAUUAAAAGAAUACAUAAAGAUAAAAGACACCAUUUACGCAGUUGACAACAAAACAGAAAAUGGCUUUACUUUUUCACGUCUCCUUAAUUUCAAGUAUUCUAGUAAUCUGGAGAAAGCAGAUCCUGACCACAUCAUUGCACUGGUUACUGAAGUUAUUCCUAAAUAUUCCUGCCUAAUCUUUUGUCCCACUAAAAAGAACUGUGAAAAUGUGGCUUCAAUGGUGUGCAAGUACCUCAAGAAAGAAUUUAGAGCUCACAGGGAGAAAGAGAAACAAGAUCUCAUCAAGAACCUAAUGAAUAUUGGAAAUGGAAGUGUCUGUCCUGUUCUGAAGCAAACAAUCCCUUUUGGUAUUGCCUAUCACCAUAGUGGCCUUACAAAUGAUGAAAGAAAAAGUAUAGAGGAAGCAUAUUCUACAGGAGUCCUGUGUCUACUUGCUUGCACAGCUACUUUAGCUGCUGGAGUCAACCUGCCAGCUAGAAGGGUUAUUCUCAGAGCUCCUUAUGUUGCUAAUGACUUCCUGAAGAAGAACCAGUAUAAACAAAUGAUUGGAAGAGCUGGUCGAGCUGGUAUUGACAGUGCUGGAGAAAGUAUUCUCAUAGUGCAAGAAAAAGACAAACACUUGGUUCAGGAUUUAGUUAACAGUCCUUUGGAGAAUUGUUACAGCAAUCUUCUGCUGGAGUUGACCAAGGGAAUGCAGAGCCUGUUGUUAUCUUUGGUUGGACUGAAGAUAGCAACUACCUAUGAAGAAGUUGAUAAUUUUGUGCACAGUACAUUGCUGGGUGUUCAGCAGCAGCUGCUGUCUAAGGAGAAGAGCCUCUCAGAGAUAAUUAAAGAUGGGCUAGAAAAUCUAAUAGAAAAAGGACUCCUAAAAGGAAGAAUAUCUGAGAAGGACCACAAUUCCAAGUGUACACUAACAAUCACACCGUUGGGUAAAGCUACAUAUAAAGGAUCUAUAGACUUGGCAUACUGCAAUCUUCUUUACAGAGAAUUGAAGAAAGGUUUGGAAGGGCUGAUUCUUGAGAGCAAUCUUCAUCUGCUGUAUCUGGCAACUCCAUAUGAUAUGACUUCUAACUGUAGCCCAGAUUGGAUGAUAUACUUGAGACAGUUCAACCAGCUAAGCGCAGCAGAGCAAAAAGUAACAGAUAUUGUGGGAGUACCUGAAAGCUUUAUUACAAAAAAGGCUUCUGGUCAAGCCAUCAGAAAGAAUGUGGACAGUGCUGUGGUAAACAGGCUCUACCUGACAUUUGUCCUUUAUACCCUACUGAAAGAGACCAAUAUAUGGAGCGUUUCAGAGAAAUUUAACAUGUCCCGAGGAUAUGUGCAAAAUCUCCUUAAUUCUGCUGCUUCAUUUGCCUCCUGUGUUCUACAUUUCUGUGAGGAAUUGGAAGAAUUCUGGGUUUAUAAAGCCUUGCUGACAGAACUUACCAAGCAGUUGACCUACUGUGUUAAGACAGAACUCAUCCCUCUCAUGGAGGUGGCAGGGGUUCUAGAGGCACGAGCGAAACAGCUUUAUAAUGCAGGAUACAAAACUUUAGCACACUUGGCUAACGCAAAUCCAGAAACUCUGGUCAAGACAAUUGAGCACUUGUCACGACGUCAAGCCAAACAAAUUGUUUCAUCUGCAAAGAGGGGAAGCAAAGGGCAAAAAUGUUUGACAGCUGGUCUGAUGAAAUGCAGACAUUAAAUGACUGCCUUGAUCUCUGUGCUGGAGUCAUCAUAGCUGAAAAUGCUCAAUUCUGCCAGUACCUCAGGACUUACAGAAAUGCUAAUGGUAGUUGUGAUAAAAGAACAGAAUUUUCAGGACUGUAGAAAUGGAAACCAACAAGGUAUAGUGUUAACCUCUCCUAUUUAGGUUGCUUUUAUCAUGCCUGGUUAUUCUUUCCUUUCUAAUUGUUUUCUGUUUUGAAUAUGCGUCGUUAGAAAGGCCUUCACUUAAUAUCUGCCUCUAAGGCACGCAUAAAUAAUCCAGGGGAAUGGAUCUGUAACAAACAUUGAGUUGUGCUUAGACAAAGAAAUACAGGAAGUAUUUGUCAAGGGACAGUAUUUUCUCUCCUCCAUCUCCAUUAAUAAUAAUCUGCUGUUGCAAUGGCAUUGGCUUCAUGUUUGAUUCUGCUAAAAUAGCAAGCUUUUGGUAAAGUAAGGGAAUGCCUAGAACAAAUGAGUGGGUGGCUGGCGUAAAAAUGACGCAGUCAGUAACAGUCUUGGUUUGUAUAUUCUCAUGGAGUAAAAGUACUAACUUUGGGGUUUAUGCACUUAAAAAAGGUCAUGGCCAUUUAACAUUAUUGUAGGCUCCUUACUGUAGUUUUUCGCUGCUGUGGGAGCCAAAAGAAAGGGAUGUAUGCAGAUCCCCCAUCUACAUCAGUGCCAAAUCCAGCAGUCUCGCUUACUCCCAUGCUCAGACAUUAAACUGAUGGAGUUUUCUCUAACUGGGAACUUAGAAGAGUGCUUGGAUGUGUUACGCUACAUAUGCUGCUGGGGGGACUGUUAUGCUCGCCACUGCCAGCAACAAACAGUUCAGGGCAGUGGAUUAAACAGUUGCUAAUAUUGGGGGUCCUAUAUGUCUGAUGUAAAAUGCUGUAGUAAGAAAUUUUGCAUAAAGCAAGACAUUGGCAACUUGGCAGGCACAACCAACAAAUGUUUAUUCCAACAUGGAAAAAAAAUGUUUAAGGUUAAAAAUGGUCUUGUGAACAGUUCUAGACAAAAAUGUUUGUUCUGUACAAUUUUGUGUGUUGUGUGAUGGCAGAACUGAGGAAACCAGCUGCGUACUGUAUGAAUUUUUGUGUUAGUGCUUUUCAUGUGGUUAUACACUAAACAGUAAAAAGUUGGUAGUAGGACUUGUAUUAAAUGUUAGUCCUUUGAGGUAAAGGUACUACGGUCCUGUGAGCAGCAGCAGAAGUUUUUUACAGACCAGAUGCAAGUUUGGAAAGGAACAUUGGUGUUUUAACCUGUCUAACAGUUAAAGCUAAUGCUUAUA